AUGAAAAAGGUAUGCCAAGAAGGAGAUUUUGUUGCUAAAAGGAACCUCGAUUUGGUUGCUAUUGCUGUUGAUCCAAAAGGAAAGCUCGGCUGGAAAGAAAAUGUUGCUCACUAUUUUGGUCAAGAUUCCGAUAUUAUCGAAGUCUUAACAAAUCAAGCAUCAGCACAAUACAAAAACUACUUGCGCAGCAAAGGAAUUUCAUAUAUCAUAUGCGGUGAUCACGCUAUUGAUUGGAAAUUGAUGCUCUCGAAACUGAAGAACACAUUCCAUCUCAAAUCAAUCGCCGUUCAAGGCGGAGGAAUAGUCAACUGGUCACUGUUGAGAGUAGGAUUAGUUGAUGAACUUUCUUAUGUUGUCGCACCAACAAUAGAUGGAAGGAGCACAGACGUAUCUUUCAUCAGGAGGAAUCCAGAAGAUACUGAUUCACCACCUCUUGAGUUCGACCUUAUUGAUGUUCAGAGAGUCGGAGACAACGGAGUGUGGUUAAGAUAUGCUCCUAAGAAAAAUUAA